AUGCAUCACCAAUCUUCUUCUCAACAACAACAACUUCUCGGUCAACUUGAUGAACAACAAAAAAUUUUCCAAUUUUCUCAAAAAUUACCAUCUUUAACCGGAAAAAAUUCAAACCCUCCUUCAUUUUCAUCCCGUAAAUCUGAAAAUAAUGGUGUUUCUGCCACAGCUUGUACUAAUUGUGGUACUACUACUACUCCUUUAUGGAGGAGAGCUCCUAGUGGUGAGACAAUCUGUAAUGCUUGUGGUCUUUAUUUAAAAGCUCGUAAUACUGUUCGUCCUCCUUGGCUAAAACGUGGAAAAAGUUCUUGUGAUGGUUGUCCUGCUUUUAAUCAACAUCAGGUUAAUCGUCAAGCCUUAACUUGUGCUAAUUGUGGUACUAAUACCACUCCUCUAUGGAGAAGAGAUGAAACUGGCAACACGAUCUGUAAUGCAUGUGGCCUUUACUUCAAACUUCACAAUGUUCCUCGUCCCCCAACUAUGAAAAGAUCUGUCAUCAAACGUCGAAAACUUCUUCUUCAUAUUCAUAAAUCUUGCAUUGCGCAAAAUAACAAUGGUAGGAACAACAAUCUUAAUCUUAAUGCCAACAUCAUUAACUCACCUCCUACACCUCCCACAACUUUAUCUGAUUACAACUCUUCUGAAGAUGAUAAUUCUUCUCUUGAUGAUGAUGGUUUACUCAAAAAAAAUAAUACCUUCACUAAUAAUAAUGUUCAUAAAAGAAAAGUUGCUGAUCUUAUUAACUCUAAUAAACGGCAUUGUAACAGCAAGAGAGUUCCUCCUAUUGAAGAUUAUAUUAUUUUUCCUGGACGACAACAACAACACCAUAAUCUCCAAUCUGAUCUUGUUUGGAAUAAUAAUUACGGUAAUGAAAGUAGAAGAAGCAGCCUAACUUUUGAAGCUCAAGUUCAUAUUUAUCCAAAUAACUCUGGUAGUGGUAGUACUAGUAAUAAUCAUCUCAUCGAAACCCCUUGUUUUCCUUUACCUCCAGUCUAUUCUAAUAAUCAUUAUAGAA